AUGAGGUUAGAGUUUUCAGGGGAAGUGGGCACCAGUGCGGACAGGGCCGAGCCUCCCGGCUCCAUGAAGCAGACAUCUGCAGGACCCAAGCACCUCGGCCCUACGCCCUGGCCCGUCAUGCUGCCGCCACUGCUGAGCCCGCUGGUGCCCCCUGUGCUACUGCUGAUGUUGCUGCCGCCGCCACAACUGCUAGGAGGGGUGUGGGUAGAGGCAGGAGCCCCCCGUGUAGGCGGGGGUCUGCAGCCCACCUUCCGAACCUUUGCAGCUAGUGAGUGGGGCCUUACCCACCUGGUCGUGCAUGAGCAGACCGGUGAGGUGUAUGUGGGCGCAGUGAACCGAAUCUAUAAGUUGUCGGGCAACCUGACCCUACUUCGGGCCCAUGUGACAGGCCCCGUGGAAGACAAUGAGAAGUGCUACCCGCCGCCCAGUGUGCAGUCCUGCCCCCACGGCCUGGGCAGUACUGACAACGUUAACAAGCUGUUAUUGCUGGACUACGCUGCCAAUCGCCUGCUGGCUUGUGGUAGUGCCUCGCAGGGCAUCUGCCAGUUCCUGCGGCUAGACGACCUCUUCAAACUUGGGGAACCCCACCACCGGAAGGAACACUACCUGUCCAGUGUGCGUGAGGCGGGCAGCAUGGCUGGAGUGCUCAUUGCGGGUCCGCCUGGCCAGGGCCAGGCCAAACUCUUCGUUGGCACACCCAUCGAUGGCAAAUCUGAGUACUUCCCCACACUGUCCAGCCGCCGGCUCAUGGCGAACGAGGAAGAUGCUGACAUGUUUGGUUUUGUGUACCAGGAUGAGUUUGUGUCAUCGCAGCUUAAGAUCCCCUCAGACACACUCUCCAAAUUCCCAGCCUUUGAUAUCUACUAUGUGUAUAGCUUCCGCAGCGAGCAGUUCGUCUACUACCUCACCCUGCAGCUGGACACACAGCUGACCUCGCCUGACGUGGCUGGGGAACAUUUCUUUACCUCCAAGAUCGUGCGGCUCUGUGUGGAUGACCCCAAGUUCUACUCGUAUGUCGAGUUCCCAAUCGGCUGUGAGCAGGCAGGUGUUGAGUACCGCCUGGUACAGGACGCCUACCUGAGCCGCCCUGGCCGAGCUCUGGCCCGCCAGCUGGGCCUGGCUGAGGAUGAGGACGUGCUGUUCACCGUGUUUGCACAGGGCCAGAAGAACCGCAUCAAGCCGCCCAAGGAGUCAGUGUUGUGCCUCUUCACGCUCAGGGCCAUCAAGGAGAGGAUCAAAGAACGCAUCCAGUCCUGCUACCGAGGCGAGGGCAAGCUCUCGCUGCCCUGGCUACUCAACAAGGAGCUGGGUUGCAUCAACUCGCCCCUGCAGAUUGACGAUGACUUCUGCGGGCAGGAUUUCAACCAGCCGCUGGGGGGCACGGUCACCAUCGAGGGCACACCCCUGUUCGUGGACAAGGAUGAUGGCUUGACUGCUGUGGCUGCCUACGACUACCGUGGCCGCACCGUGGUGUUUGCUGGCACUCGAAGUGGCCGUGUCCGAAAGAUCCUGGUGGACUUGGCGAGCCCUAGCGGCCGGCCAGCCCUGGCCUAUGAGAGCGUGGUGGCACAGGAGGGCAGCCCCAUCCUUCGGGACCUCGUCCUCAGCCCCAACCGCCGGUACCUCUACGCCAUGACGGAGAAGCAGGUGACGCGGGUGCCUGUGGAGAGCUGUGUGCAGUACACGUCAUGUGAGCUGUGUCUGGGCUCGAGGGAUCCCCACUGUGGCUGGUGUGUCCUGCACAGCAUCUGCUCUCGGCAAGAUGCUUGUGAGCGGGCAGACGAGCCCCAGCGCUUUGCCUCGGACCUGCUGCAGUGUGUGCAGUUGACAGUCCAGCCACGCAACGUCUCUGUCACCAUGUCCCAGGUUCCGCUCGUGCUGCAGGCUUGGAAUGUGCCUGACCUCUCGGCUGGGGUCAACUGCUCUUUUGAGGACUUCACGGAGUCUGAGAGUAUCGUGGAGGAUGGCCGUAUCCACUGCCGCUCGCCCUCUGCCCGUGAGGUGGCGCCCAUCACCAGAGGCCAGGGAGACCAGCGGGUGGUGAAACUCUACUUGAAGUCCAAGGAAACUGGGAAGAAGUUUGCAUCAGUGAACUUCGUCUUCUACAAUUGCAGCGUCCACCAGUCCUGCCUGUCCUGUGUCAACGGCUCCUUCCCCUGUCACUGGUGCAAGUACCGCCAUGUCUGCACACACAACGCUGCCGACUGCGCCUUCCUGGAAGGCCGAGUCAAUGUGUCGGAGGACUGCCCGCAGAUCCUGCCCUCCACACAGAUCUACGUGCCUGUCGGUGUGGUGAAGCCUAUCACUCUGGCGGCUCGGAACCUGCCACAGCCUCAGUCGGGCCAGCGUGGGUAUGAGUGCCUAUUCCACAUCCCGGGCAGCCCGGCCCGUGUGACCGCCCUACGCUUCAACAGCUCCAGCCUGCAGUGCCAGAACUCCUCAUACUUCUAUGAGGGGAAUGACAUCAGCGCCCUGCCUGUGAACCUGUCUGUGGUGUGGAAUGGCAACUUUGUCAUUGACAACCCCCAGAACAUCCAGGCGCACCUCUACAAGUGCCCGGCUCUGCGUGAGAGCUGCGGCCUCUGCCUCAAGGCUGACCCUCGCUUCGAGUGUGGUUGGUGUGUAGCCGAGCGCCGCUGCUCCCUGCGCCACCACUGCCCUGCCGACACACCUGCCUCCUGGAUGCAUGCUCGGCAUGGCAGCAGCCGCUGUGCCGACCCCAAGAUCCUUAAGCUGUCCCCUGAGACGGGCCCAAGGCAGGGGGGCACACGUCUCACCAUCACCGGCGAGAACCUGGGCCUCAAGUUUGAGGACGUGCGGCUAGGCGUGCGUGUGGGCAAGGUGCUGUGCAGCCCUGUGGAGAGCGAGUACGUCAGCGCUGAGCAGAUCGUCUGUGAGAUUGGGGAUGCCAGCCUGGUGCGCGGCCACGAUGCCCUGGUGGAGGUGUGCGUGAGAGACUGCUCCCCCCACUACCGGGCCUUGUCACCCAAGCGAUUCACCUUCGUGACGCCAACCUUUUACCGUGUAAGCCCAGCCCGUGGGCCUCUCUCUGGGGGUACUUGGAUCGGCAUCGAGGGGAGCCACCUGAAUGCAGGCAGUGACGUGGCUGUGUCUGUCGGCGGCCGGCCCUGCUCCUUCUCCUGGAGGAACUCAAGGGAGAUCCGGUGCCUGACACCCCCUGGGCAGAACCCUGGGAGCGCCCCCAUCAUCAUCAACAUCAACCGCGCCCAGCUCACCAACCCUGAGGUGCAGUACAACUACACCGAGGAUCCCACCAUCCUGAGGAUCGACCCCGAGUGGAGCAUCAACAGUGGGGGGACCCUCUUGACAGUCACGGGUACCAACCUGGCCACUGUCCGCGAGCCCCGCAUCCGGGCCAAGUAUGGAGGCAUCGAGCGGGAGAAUAGCUGCACGGUGUACAAUGAUACCACCAUGGUGUGCCAUGCCCCCUCCGUGGACAACCCAGUGCGGACCCCCCCUGAGCUGGGUGAGCGGCCAGACGAGUUGGGCUUCGUCAUGGACAACGUGCGUGCCCUGCUCGUCCUCAACGCAUCUGCCUUUCUCUACUACCCUGACCCAGUGCUUGAGCCUCUCAGUCCUACAGGCCUCCUGGAGCUGAAGCCCAGCUCCCCACUCAUCCUCAAGGGCCGGAACCUCCUGCCGCCAGCCCCUGGGAACUCGAGACUCAACUACACAGUGCUCAUUGGUUCCACGCCCUGCACGCUCACUGUGUCCGAAACGCAGCUUCUUUGCGAGUCGCCCAACCUCACGGGGCAGCACAAGGUCACGGUCCGGGCAGGUGGCUUUGAGUUCUCGCCAGGGGUGCUGCAGGUGUACUCAGACAGCCUGCUAACACUGCCCGCCAUCGUGGGCAUCGGCGGGGGCGGGGGCCUGCUGCUGCUCGUCAUUGUGGCCGUCCUCAUCGCCUACAAGCGCAAGUCACGUGAUGCCGACCGCACCCUCAAGCGGCUGCAGUUACAGAUGGACAACCUGGAGUCCCGCGUGGCCCUUGAGUGCAAAGAAGCCUUUGCAGAACUGCAGACUGACAUCCACGAGCUGACCAGUGACUUGGAUGGCUCUGGUAUCCCGUUCCUCGACUAUCGGACCUAUGCCAUGCGUGUGCUCUUCCCUGGGAUUGAGGACCACCCUGUGCUCAAGGAGAUGGAGGUACAGGCCAAUGUGGAGAAGUCACUGACGCUGUUUGGGCAGCUGCUGACCAAGAAGCACUUCCUGCUGACCUUCAUCCGCACCCUGGAGGCCCAGCGCAGCUUCUCCAUGCGCGACCGUGGCAAUGUGGCCUCGCUCAUCAUGACGGCCCUGCAGGGUGAGAUGGAGUAUGCCACGGGCGUGCUCAAGCAGCUGCUCUCAGACCUCAUCGAGAAGAACCUGGAGAGUAAGAACCACCCCAAGCUGUUGCUGAGACGGACUGAGUCGGUGGCAGAGAAAAUGCUGACCAACUGGUUCACCUUCCUUUUAUACAAGUUCCUCAAGGAGUGUGCAGGGGAGCCGCUCUUCAUGCUGUAUUGUGCCAUCAAGCAGCAGAUGGAGAAGGGUCCCAUUGACGCGAUCACAGGCGAGGCCCGCUACUCGCUGAGUGAGGACAAACUUAUCCGCCAGCAGAUUGAUUACAAGACCCUGACCCUCAACUGUGUGAACCCCGAGAAUGAGAAUGCACCCGAGGUGCCAGUGAAGGGGCUCAACUGCGACACAGUUACGCAGGUCAAGGAGAAGUUGCUGGAUGCUGUUUAUAAGGGCGUGCCCUACUCCCAGCGGCCCAAGGCGGGGGACAUGGACUUGGAGUGGCGCCAGGGCCGCAUGGCACGGAUCAUUCUGCAAGAUGAGGAUGUCACCACCAAGAUUGACAAUGACUGGAAGAGGUUGAACACACUGGCUCACUACCAGGUGACAGAUGGGUCCUCAGUGGCGCUGGUGCCCAAGCAGACGUCUGCCUACAACAUUUCCAAUUCCUCCACCUUCACCAAGUCCCUCAGCAGAUACGAGAGCAUGCUGCGCACAGCCAGCAGCCCCGACAGCCUGCGUUCACGCACCCCCAUGAUCACGCCCGACCUGGAGAGCGGCACCAAACUCUGGCACCUGGUAAAGAACCACGACCACCUGGACCAGCGUGAGGGCGACCGUGGCAGCAAGAUGGUCUCCGAGAUUUACCUGACGCGGUUGCUGGCCACCAAGGGCACACUGCAGAAGUUUGUGGAUGACCUGUUUGAGACCAUCUUCAGCACGGCUCACCGGGGCAGUGCCCUGCCGCUGGCCAUCAAGUACAUGUUUGACUUCCUGGAUGAACAGGCAGACAAGCAUCAGAUCCAUGAUGCCGAUGUGCGGCACACCUGGAAGAGCAACUGCUUGCCCCUACGCUUCUGGGUGAACGUCAUCAAGAACCCGCAGUUCGUGUUCGACAUCCACAAGAGUAGCAUCACGGACGCAUGCCUCUCAGUGGUGGCCCAGACCUUCAUGGACUCCUGCUCCACGUCCGAGCACAAGCUGGGCAAGGACUCCCCCUCCAACAAGCUGCUCUACGCCAAGGACAUCCCCAACUACAAGAGCUGGGUGGAGAGGUACUAUGCUGACAUCGCCAAGAUGCCGGCCAUCAGCGACCAGGACAUGAGUGCAUACCUUGCUGAGCAGUCGAGGCUGCACCUGAGCCAGUUCAAUAGCAUGAGUGCCCUGCACGAGAUCUACUCCUAUAUCACCAAGUACAAGGAUGAGAUCUUGGUGGCGCUGGAGAAGGAUGAGCAGGCGCGGCGGCAGCGGCUCCGGAGCAAGCUAGAGCAGGUAGUGGACACCAUGUCUCUGAGCAGCUGA